UAUAAUCUAGUGGACGGGAUGCUAAGAACAGCAACACGGCUACUUAUCCACCUCGAUAGCUUGCUAGUCAACAUGAAAAUGAAACAUUGAAGCUCAUUCUUGUGUAUAUUAGUCUCAGCGUUUUAAACACAAUUAUGUUUACGUUUCAACUUCUUAACUUUAACGUCAUUUGCUAGAUGUUAAAUGUGUUAGCUUGUUAAGAUUGAUAUUGAGCCCGGCACUAGGCUAGUCGUUAAUGCUAACCAGCUAAUGCUAGCUAGCUAACAUCCCCAACCACGAGCUCACUAAGCUACUCUCCUCCUGCUAAAGAAGAGGAGGUCUGCUGGACGGAGAAAGAAGCUCUGGGGAUGAACAUUGUCGUAAAAGAGGAGGAUAUUACAGUGAAAGGAGAAGAAGAAGCUUUCAGAUUGAAAAAGGAGGAAGAGGAGGCUAUCACAUUGAAAGAAGAAGUGGAGCAUUUUGGAGUGGAAGAGGGAAUAACGGCUGGAACACUGGAAGAGGAGGUAGAAGCUUUCAUAAUGAAAGAAGAGGAGGAGGAUAUCACAUUGAAAGAAGAGAAGGAUGUUAUAGUGAAAGAAGAGAAAGAUCUGUUUGGAGUGAAAGAGGAAGAGAAGAUAGAGGCUGUCACAGUGGAAGAAGAGGAGUUAGAUGCUUUCAGAAUAAAAAAGGAGGAAGAGGAGGCUGUUAUUGUGAAAGAAGAAGAGGAUGUUACAGUGAAAGACGAACCUUUUUGGGAGGAAGAGGAGGCUAUCUCAAUAAAAGAGAAGGUUGAAGACGUUCUGGGAGUGAAAGAGGAGGAGACAGAAUAUCUGAUUAACACCAGAGAGAGACAUGACUAUCAUGGAUCCUCUAGGGAGCCUCAACAACAUCCUGAUGCUGACGAGGCAGAGAAGAGUCUCUCCAGAUCAGAACACCAGAUGGACAACGCUAGCCCUUCCGCCCUCCCAGAGUCCCCGUGUCGUACCUCUCCCAGUAGCACCUUACUGCUGGGUCUGAAGAGGUUGUCUGCGCGGCUGGUGGACUGCAGGAAAACAACGGGGCUGAGUGGAACUGUGAGAGGAGGAGAAGAGAAGAAAGGAGCAGAUUUGACUCAUCAAAGUAAGUGCUGUAGUUUAGUUUGAACAAAUAAAAUAGAUCUGCCCACUGGUAUUUGUUACCAGGACAACCA